AUGGCUACCCCCAGUGUCCUAGCUUUUGACGCUGAGGGUAGAGCCAUCGACUUUGAGGUCUGGGCCGACGACCUGCAGUUGUUUUUGCAGUGCGAUAGGGCAGACGGUCUUUCUCUCUUUGACCUCACCUCUGGCGCCUCUCCUGCUCCUGCUGCUGAUGCUGACCCCACUGUUCGCUCUCAGUGGGCCACCCGCGAUGCUGCUGCACGUCUUGCUGUGCGUCGCCACUUGCCCACCACUGAGCGCGCGCACUUUAGUCAGUACAAGAGUGCUCAGACCCUAUACGACGCUGUAGUUGCACGCUACUCUUCCCCUGCCACUGCUGCACUGAGCCGUCUCAUGCUACCGUACCUCUUUCCUGACCUCACUGCCUUUCCCACUAUCGCUGACCUCAUUACGCACCUCCGCACUAGUGACACUCUCUACCGCGCCGCCCUUCCUGCUGAGGACCACUUUCUCUCAGUCUGUCCCACCACCCUCACUGUCGACCUCCUCGAGAAGGCCCUCCUAGCGGCGGAGAAGAGCAUCGUCGCUGUUGGCGCUUCUCGUGGUGACCCUCGCACCCCCAUCUUUGAGGGGUGCUCUCCUUCCCCCCUGCUGCCCUCUGUUGCCUCUGCUGCUGCUGCCGACCUGCUUGGUCUUGAGUCGGUCGGCGCGGCGUCUGCCCCUAGUGGGAGACGCCGCUCUGGCAAGGGCAAGGGGGGCAAGGGCGCGGGUGGAGCUGGAGGGGGCGGUGGAGGUGGCGGUGGAGGCGGCGGAGGGAGUGGGGGUGGCGGCGGGAGUGGUGGCGGAGGCGGUGGUAGUGGUGGUGGCAGCGGCGGAGGCGGCGGCGGUGGUGGCGGCAGCGGUGGGAGUGGUGGCGGCGGUGGAGGCGGCGGAGGAGGAGGUGUUGGCGGAGGAGGUGGAGCUGGUCGGGGUGGUGCCCCGCAGCGGAGCGGCGCUGGUAGUGGUCAGCGCCAGCAGCAGCAGCAACAGCAGCGUUCACGGGACAUCCCUCCGCCCCAGCAGCUCCGUGAGUGGUACACUCGGCGUCAGAGGGGUGGGGGUGCUGGUCCGUGCACCUACGUCCUUCGUUCCGGCGACCGCGCGGGUGAGCAGUGUGGGGGUGCCCACUCCACCCAGCGCUGCUUCGGCCGCCUGACGGACGCUUGGCGUCAGCAGUUCCCCGAGGCUAGUGAGAUUCCCCGCUGGGAUGAGCUUUCUAGGGCUGGUGUAGCGAUCUUUGAUCUUGACUUUGAUGCUAUCCUUGCUGCUAUGUAUGCUGUGACUAUUAGUGAGGAGGGUGACUGUUACCGGUGUUUCCCGCCCGACCCGGGCAUUGGUACUGCUGCGCUAGGUGCUUGUGAGGCUGCUGCUCUAGGUGCCAGUGCGUCUGCGCUCUCAGGUACUCGUGAGACUGCGCUCUCAGGUAUUGCGUCGCCUUCGUCCUCCCUCACUUUCACACUUGACUCAGGGGCUUCUCGCUCCUUCUUUCGAGACCGCACCACCCUCACGCCGCUUGGUCGGCCGGUUGCGGUCUCCCUGGCUGACCCCUCUGGGGGUCCUGUCCUCUCUCACUUUUCCAUUGUCCUCCCGUGUCCGGCUGCCCCCUCGGGCACCCUGUCUGGUCUGUACCUUACCUCGUUCUCGACGAACUUGGUGAGUGGUGCGGACCUACAGGAUGCGGGGGUUCACCAGUUCACUCCUGCGAGUCAGCGGGUGACCCACUGCACGGACGCACGCACAGGCCGGCACCUGGCCACGUUCUCGCGUCGGCCGGGGUCGAGCCUCUACACCCUGACCACUGAGUCUCCUCCUGUCCCUGCGUCUGGUCAGGUAGCUUCGUCAGGUCAGGUGUUUGCUGCUGCGUCCCGGUCUGGCCCUGAGUCUGCCCCCUGUUCGUGUCGCCUCCUGUCUCACGAGACUCUCCUGUGGCACCACCGUCUUGGCCACCACUCCCUGUCCCGUCUUCGGGGCAUGGCUUCCCGUGUCCUUGUCUCAGGUCUUCCCCGGUCUCUCCCUCCCCUUCCUUCGGGACCAGGUACUUCCUGUGUCCCCUGUGUCGAGGGGCGCCUCAGGGCUGCUCCUCACUCCUCCGAGUUUCCCCCGACAGAGGCCCCUCUGCAGACACUUCACAUGGACGUGUGGGGCCCGGCCCGCGUCUGUGGGCAGGGUCACGAGCGCUACUUCCUGUUGGUGGUUGACGACUACUCGCGUUACACCACAGUCUUGCGCAGCAAGGAUGAUGUCACUGCGGUGCUGAUCGACUGGAUCCGCGAGACUCGUCUCCAGCUCAGGAGGAGCUUCGGCUCGGACUCACCUGUUCUGCGUCUGCACUCUGACCGAGGUGGGGAGUUCUCCUCUCGCCUUCUGCAAGACUACUGUCGUGCACGGGGGAUCCGCCAGACCUUUACGCUUCCGGACUCUCCACAGCAAAAUGGGAUUGCUGAGCGCCGCAUUGGCAUGGUCAUGGAUGUCGCUCGUACGUCCAUGAUGCAUGCGGCUGCCCCCCAUUUUCUGUGGCCGUUUGCGGUUCGGUACGCGGCGCAUCAGCUCAACCUUCACCCCAGGGUCUCCCGGCCGGAGACCUCCCCAGCUCUGCUGUGGACGGGGAAGGUCGGCGAUGCGUCUGCGUUCCGUGUCUGGGGAUCUCGGGCGUUUUUCUACCACCCCUCCUCUCGUCGUGUUCUGUCCUCCCAGGACGUCACGUUCGACGAGUCAGUCCCCUUCUACCGCCUCUUCCCCUACCGCACUCCUUCUCUCCCCCCACCACCGGACUUUCUUGUGCCGGUUCCCCCCCCGGUAGACCCCCUCCCCCCUCAGGUUCCUGCCCCCUCAGGUGUGUCCCAGGUAGACGCCGUUGACCCGGUCGAGGUUACUGGUGACUCUGGUGCUGCUGCAGGUGCUGAGCCUGGGGGUGCUGACUCUGGGGGUGUUGUGCGCGGGGGUGCUGAGCCUGGGGGUGCCGAGCCUGGAGGUGCUGCUCCUGGGGGUGCUGAGCCUGGGGGUGCUACUGCUGAGGGUGCUGAGCCUGGGGGUGCUGAGCUGGGGAGUGCUGUACCUGGAGCUGCUGAGCUAGGGGGUGCUGAGUCUGGGGGUGCUGAGUCUGGAGCUGCUGAGCCUGGGGGUGCUGCGUCUGGAGCUACUGAGCCUGGAGGUGCUGAGUCUGGGGGUCCUGCGCCUGGAGCUGCUGAGCCUGGGGUUUCUCCUGGUGCUCUGUCUCGGCGGGAGCCUCUCUCUCCACAGGAGCUGCGCGAGUGGUUUGCUCGCCGCUGGAGGCGUACUGCUGGAGCUGGAGCUUCUUCGACCACCGAGGGUGCUGGUGCCGCCGGUCCCGGAGCUGCUGGGCCUGCGGGUCCUACUGGAGCUGGAGCUUCUGAGGGUGUUGGUGCUGAGACUACUGCUGUCUGUCCUUGCGGUGGUCCUGCUGCUGGUGCUGCUGGAGGUCCUGCCGCUCGAGGUGUUGGUGGUACUGGUGCUGCCGCUGAGGGUGCUGGCGCUGACCCUGCUGAGUCUGGAGUUGCCGCGCGGCCUCGGCCGUACUUCGUUCCGCUCCUACAGCAGGUUCUUGGUCUUUCUCCUCCCGUAGAGUGUCCACAGCCUGUCCAGUCGCAGUCACUGUUGGAGCCUACCUCUCCACUGCCUGCUCCCUCUCCUUACACUGGUCCUACUGGGGGUCUUGCUGAGCGUCGUGAGCCUGCGUCUCGUCCCGCGUCGCCUGUUCGUGCUGCUUGCGCUAGUGGUCGCGGUUCGCGUCAGCGUCCUCCUCCUGUCCCUGGCACGCACCGGAUGUCUCUGCGUCCGUCCACUGCUCCUCUGCGUGCCCCUUUGCCUGCUCCUCCUGAGUCCUCCCUUCCUGUGCUUGCCGACCCAGAGUCGGACUCCCUUCGUGCUGCCAGUCCUACUGUCACGCGUCUGCUUGCUACUGUCGUCACUGACCCCUCUUUUGAGUCCGCCGCUGCGUCUGCUCUUGUCGCUGAGCUCGUCGACUUUGCUACUCGCUGUCGUCUAGACUACGCUGCCAGUCUUGUUGCUGAGUCUGCGUCUGUCUGUCCUCCGUCCGUCGGGGGUGAGUGUGCUCUUGGCACGGACGUCCUUGAGGACAGGCAGGAGGAGUUCCAGUGUCUGGCUGCCGCUUCACCUCAUCUCGCGUCUGUACUGCUUGCUCCUGAGGGAGACCCGGAUGCACUAGACAUCCCGACUCCGCGCUCUUACGCGGAGGCCGUAGAGGGUCCCUACUCCUCUCAGUGGCAGGCAGCUAUGGAUGCAGAGAUGGCUUCCUGGAAGUCCACAGGCACCUACGUUGACGCGGUUCCCCCUCCUGGGGCGAACAUCGUCAGUGGCAUGUGGAUCUUCAGGGUGAAGCGGCCGCCGGGCUCUCCACCUGUCUUCAAGGCGCGGUACGUCGCUCGUGGCUUCAGUCAGCGGCAGGGAGUUGACUACUUUCAGACCUUCUCUCCCACCCCGAAGAUGACUACUCUUCGGGUGCUGCUGCACAUAGCCGCUCAGCGCGACUACGAGCUUCACUCUCUCGACUUCAGCACUGCGUUCUUGCAGGGUAGCCUGCACGAGGAGAUCUGGCUGCGCCGUCCACCUGGCUUCACUGGGACUUUCCCUCCUGGCACCCAGUGGAGCCUCCGACGGCCAGUCUACGGUCUCCGCCAGGCACCGCGUGAGUGGCACGACACAGUGAGGACUACGCUUGCGGCUCUUGGGUUUGCUCCUUCUACUGCCGACCCGUCGCUGUUUCUGCGCACCGACACUUCUUUGCCGCCGUUCUACAUCCUCGUGUACGUCGACGACUUGGUCUUUGCCACAGCGGACACUGCUGGACUCGCCUACGUGAAGUCCGAGCUGCAGAAGAGACACACGUGCACAGACCUGGGUGAACUGCGCAGCUACCUUGGCUUGCAGAUCACUCGGGACAGAGCACGCCGCACCAUUACCCUGACUCAGUCACACAUGGUGCAGCAGGUCCUUCAGCGCUUCGGCUUCACGUACUCCUCGCCUCAGGCCACUCCUCUGUCUACUCGCCACUCGCUCUCAGCUCUGCCUUCGGAUGAGUCUGUAGAGUCGAGUGGCCCGUACCCAGAGCUUGUUGGCUGCCUCAUGUACCUGAUGACCUACACACGACCUGACCUUGCAUACCCUCUUAGCAUUCUUGCACGCUAUGUUGCUCCUGGGAGACACCGACCAGAGCACAUGGCUGCAGCGAAAAGGGUGUUGCGCUACCUGUGCAGUACGUCGGGCAUGGGGCUAGUGCUUGGAGGGCGGAGUCCAGUGGUCCUUACAGGACACGCGGACGCUUCUUGGGCUGACGACCAGGCUACGCAGCGGUCGUCACAGGGUUACACCUUCAGCCUUGGUUCCGGCUCUGUCUCGUGGCGGGCUACUCGCUCGUCUUCAGUUCUCAGCUCCAGUUGUGAGGCUGAGAUCUACGCAGGGGCCAUGGCUGCACAGGAGCUUCGCUGGCUCACCUACCUGCUGACCGACCUUGGAGAGCCGCCUCGUUCUCCUCCAGUGCUGUACGUAGACAACAAGGCCAUGCUGGCCUUGUGUCGAGAGCAGCGAGUGGAGCACUGA